AGAGCGGCCCGGAAGUGCGUGGCUGAAAGCAGCGGCGCGUCGAUUGGUCGGUCAGUCUUCGUUCGGCCGCCCCAAAGGACGCUAACUGUCGCACCUGUUCCUCCUGGCGUGAGGUUUUUCUCUGAGACAAGAUUCUGAGAGAUUCCCCUGGACUCAGUCCCAGAUAGAGGAUUAAUCUCCUGAAAAACAGCCCAGAAUGACCACAUUUCUGGAACUUGAAGAACAAAAAGGACUUCUAAUAGUUAAAGCAGAAGACCAUUACAGGGGACAGGACUCCAUCUCACAAAAGUCCAGUCCUCACAGAAGGGAACUCUUCAGGCAGCACUUCAGGAAGCUCUGCUAUCAGGACGCACCUGGACCCCGUGAAGCUCUCACCCAGCUCUGGGACCUUUGCCGCCAGUGGCUGAGGCCAGAAUGCCAUACAAAAGAGCAGAUUUUAGACCUGCUGGUGCUUGAACAAUUCCUGAGCAUUCUCCCCAGGGACCUGCAAGCAUGGGUGCAGGCACACCAUCCAGAGACUGGAGAGGAGGCAGUGACUGUGCUGGAGGAUCUGGAGAGAGAGCUUGAUGAACCUCGAAAGCAGGUUCCAGGCAAUUCAGAAAGACAGGACGCACUUUUGGACAAGUUGGCCCCCUUGAGGAGGCCGCAUGAGUCAUUGACUAUCCAGCUUCAUCCCAAGAAGACCUGGCAGGAGCAGAAAUCUGGGGAGGCCCAAAGAAAUGGUAAUGAAACCAAGACUAAAACUGAAGAGUUGUCCCAGAAGGAAGAUAAAUCCAAAGACAUGGAAUUCCUUGGGAAGAUAAAUGACAGACUUAACAAAGAUAUUCUUCAGUAUCCUGAAUCCAAAGAUGCUUUUGAAAGUGAGGGCAUUUUUGAGUGGCAGCAGAGGAAAAGGAGAUGCUAUAAAUGUGAUGACUGUGGAAAAAGUUUCAGUCAUAGCUCAGACCUUAGUAAACACAGGAGAACGCACACUGGAGAAAAGCCCUAUAAAUGUGAUGAAUGUGGAAAAUCUUUCAUUCAACGCUCACAUCUCAUUGGACAUCAUAGAGUACACACUGGGGUGAGACCCUAUAAAUGUAAAGAAUGUGGGAAAGAUUUCAGUGGGCGUACAGGUCUCAUUCAGCAUCAGAGAAUCCACACAGGUGAAAAACCCUAUGAAUGUGAUGAGUGUGGGAGGCCCUUCCGUGUAAGUUCAGCCCUUAUUAGACAUCAAAGAAUUCAUACAGCAAAUAAGCUCUACUAACAUGGUAUAAGUAACAAAAGUUCUUUAGCCACUCAGGCCAAAGUAGUUAUCAGAGAAAUCUACCUUGGAGACCUUGAGUAUCCUAAAUGUAGGCAAAGCUUCAAUCAUUAAAAAUUUCUCUGGUACCAAAGAAUCUACCUGAGUAAAAAUUUCAUUUUAUUUCUAAAUUAGUCUUAGAGUUGUACACCCUCAAAGUCUUAAUGUGAAAAGUAGUUUGGAACAUUGAGACCAUGCUACCCGUUUUUAGUCUAAUGUUGAUUCCAGAUUGUUACCACAGUGUCUACCAUCUGAUCUUGACCAGAGGGCAAGGAUAAGAGUCAGAGAGGUACAGAAAGAUUUCAGGGCAGAGACAGCUUGGAGUGAUAGUGGCAAUAAAAGAAAGUCCAGUGGGACCUGGGAUAACUGCUGCCAUAAGGCAAAGGAAGCAUGAUGUUAAAGGAGGUCUAAGUAGUUAGUACUAUGGGAUUAGUGCCCUAGUAAGUCUGUAGAAACCCACAAAAAAUCGAUGAGGAUGCAGCCAGUUGGAAAGAAGAGCUCUGAGUCCAAUCACAGCCACAGUUUCUGGAAAUGAAGAUGUUAUAUGUUAGACACUGUAAUCCAGAAUCACUGGGUUCUAGCAGACAGCCAUCCUGGAAAUAUGGCACCUGCUCUAAAAGAACCCUAAACAUGGAAGGCAGUUUCUCAAAUUGUUGUGAAACAUGCAUCACUUCUCCCAUCAUUUUUGGAGAGAGGCAAGAACUUGUAGUUUUCAUGAACUAGUAGAACAGGCAGUGACAGUUAAGAGGCACCUAAAGGGAUUAUGGGGACAGUUCUUUCAGACACAGGUGGGGGUGGUGGUUAAACUGGUGAUUCUGAAUGGGAACCAAUAGCUAUAAAGGGAAAAAGUGAUUGACGGUUGGGGAGAAGGUGAUGUCAGAGGUAUGCACAGGCAUUGGUAAAGAGAGAGGAAACAAGAUAGAAGAGAAAGGGAUGGAAUGAAAAGAGAAGGAUAAAAAAAGGAAUAAGGGUAUAGGGAAAGGAACAAAGAUAAGAGAUGGUGAUAGAGAAGAGAAAAGGGUGACAAUUCUAAUAUUGACAUCAAUAAUUGAAACAGUGGGGCACAUGUCACAAGCCAUGCAAAGGUGAACAGAUCAGCUUAUCCCAAGGUCAUUGAGUCAUACAUGCACAUGUUAUUUAUGUUAUCUUUAUUGAGUCUACAGUCUCAUCCUGAGCAUGAAAUUAUUUCUUUAUAGUCUAACCAAAAAGUCCAUCAACAGUGAACACCUACUAGAAACUUUGAAAUGCUUCAAAACAACCUGUUCUCCCCUUAGUAAUAUCACAAGAGAGAUAAAGGUUCUAAAAGAAUAGAUCUCUCAGUCUUUCUUACUCAAAUCCUCUAGAGCACAGUAUCUCAACCUUGGUUUUACUGACAUUUUCACCCAGACGAUUCCUUGUGGAUUUGUCUCUGCACUGUGGGAUGUUAAGCAGUUUCCCUGGCUUCUAUACCCCUAGAGGCCACCAGCAGCCCCAACUUGUGACAAGCAAAAAUUUUUUAAGAGAUGCAGAUAUUCCCUGAAAGGCAAAAUCUUUCCCCUACCCUACCAGCCUAGUGAAGAAUCACUGCUCUAUAGGAAAAUAAUCUGAUUUUCAUGACUGUUCCACAUCAUAUAAGAUUCAACUUAGAAAUAUAUAUGACCAGCACUACUAGACCAUUUUACUACCCCACAAAAUGAUUCCCAUAAUACCUAAAAUCUCUGCAGUACACAUGCUAAGUAGUCUACUUUAGGAAGCCAUACUUCAGUUUUGAGCACCAGAGGAAUCUGUCCUCAAAUGUGACCUGUAUAAAGAGCUUACAGUUGCAUUUUUCUAGACCUUCUUCCCUCUACCAUACUUCUGAUACUACCCUCUCCUUUGCCCCUUUUGACCCAAGGAUAAACAGACAUUUUAUCCUUUAACUAUCUGUGCUGUCCAAUACAUUAGCCACUAGGUACAUGUGGCUAUUUAGCACUUGAAAUAUGGCUAUACGCAACUGAGGAACUAAAUUUUUUUUCACUUUAAUUUAAACUUAAAAACUGAUACUCAAUUCAGUUAUUGGAAAACCUUUAAGUAUGUUUAGAGUAAUUUGGGUAUAUAAUUUUCCACUGAAUUUUAUGCAAUCUCAAUAUAGAUCAAGUACUUCCAAUGAAAAUUUAAUAACAGUUGAGAUGUGUAAUAAGUGUAAACAUUGGCUUUCAAAGAUUUAGUAUGAAAAAAGGUAUUAACUUUCAUUUAUAAGUUUAGAUUUUAAAAUAAUAUUUUGGGUAUACUGGUUUAAAUAAAAUAUAUUAAAAUUAAUCUUUUUACAUUUUUAAUGUGGCUAUUAGAAAACUUAAAAUUACAUAGCUGGAUACAUUACAUUCCUAUUGGACAACACUGAUCAAGAUCUCAUUCUCAGGGCAGGUCCCAUUCACUAUGUUCCAAACCACCUCAAUUUUGAACAGCCAAGUUCUGCUGUGCCAAAGACUUUAUACCUAUUUCUUUUUAUUCAUUAAUCCAAUAAAUAUUUUCUUAGUGCA